CGCCGAACGACUCUAUAAAGGAGCCCGACAAUCGGUACGUUAUUCUCUCCAUUCCUACCCAACACUCGGAGACUCUCCAUUCAUAAACUUUUUCUAGGCAUGGCGAACCCAACCGACAGGCCUCAUACACAACAGCACUGCUGAAGCAACACAAGAUACUAGUGCAAUCCAUAUCAGAACUUGAGCGUGAUCUCGAUCUGCUGAAUAUAACCAUGGCUCAGAAGUCUGAUACCUUGGACCAUGAGCGGUGGGCAUUACAUAUGGAAUUAGAGAAGCUCAAAACCGCUCAAACUGAGUUGUUCAAUGAUGCCACCUCAACAAUGGGUGCAACUGAACCAAAAGUGCGUAGAGUAGCCGAGUGCGAUGCUGCUAUGUAUAGCCUACUUCAAAGUAACGAGCGAUUAUCUGGUGGUAUUGAAGCAAACGUUAUGAAAUUGAAGAAUACAGAUAACUCCGAGAUAGAAAAUUACGAAAGCAAAACACUGGAACGAUUACGGCAUAGAAUUGAAUCAUCUCACAAGGAUCUGGUCAUGUCUGAAAUUAACUUGGAAUCUCAAAUAGUAGCAGUACAAGUUUUAGAAAAGGAAAAGGGAAAGCUGAAUGGGUUGCCACAGAUACUGCCAAUCCUAAGGUCAUCCAUAAAGGACUAUGAAGAUAUCAUCAAAAAAGAUCGACAGGCUAUAGCGCGGCUGGACAGCGAUAAACUUUCGCCAUGCAUAUCAGAUGCCGCGGAUUUCUGUCUGAAAGCAGCUACGAAAGCGCAAGGAAAGAGGUCUGAUACUGCAACUAGCGCCAACGUGGAAGCUUAUGAUAAGAUUAUCAAACUUUUGAUGGAGCAAUCCGCCGCCAAUCAAUUGUUAUUGUACAUUUUAGAAGUUGAAGAGGAGCUACUGAAUGAAAGAACAGACCAUCAACGAGCGUUUUUGUUGGAUGUUGAAGAGCUUGCUCAUCAAAUGGAUCCUUCGCUGUGUGACAGAUACAUUGAUUCUAACGACGAAGAAGAGAGCUUCCUCAACAGCUUCAAACAAAUUCUUAGCAUGCAAAUAAAGGAUGCAGACGAUAUGCUCGAUGAAGUUAUGGACCCUCAUCAUGAAGACAUACCAGCAAUAGAGCAUUUGGAGAGGUUGAAGAACGAAAUUGAAGGAGCCAACGACCGAACGGAAUCAUCCAUGGCAGAGAUAAACGAAAUGAUGCUUGAAAGCGAAAAUGCAUUAGAAAUGAUGGAAAAAUUCAGCGAAGUGUAUAUCAAGGAUCAGGAAUCAGUUACGCACAUAUCAGAGGAAACAUUACAGCUACACGAACAGUUGGAAAACUUCGUAAAUGAUCUACAAAAUGAGAUACAGCACUUCCAAAAGGAAACGGCAACCUCUGCUGAACUAGCCGAAAAGAAGCGUCGGUUCUCUCUUUUCUGGACUGAUCAAAAUCUGUUCCAAAAAGAAUUUGGAUCAAUGUAAAUUAAACUUGUAAAAAUCGAAACAAUAAUGUCCAACAAAGACGAUUGUCAUCUCCAAAUACUCGUGUAAUAAAGAUAAUCACAUAAAGAAAAUGCUGUAUUCAGUUUUUUUAUUGCACAAGAGUUGGUGACAUUUAGACGUAUAAGCCGACCGAGACGAAAGUGAAAACGGUUCCGACACCGAGCAUGAUAGAUGCAGGCAUGGCGAGUGAGAGCUGCUCCAUAAUAGGUGUAUUUCGCUUUUGACUAUAGAAGAGAUCAGUAACGUGUAUGAGCAAGUAACGAUUGCAUCUAUGCUUCAAUCACUUACACCGCAAAGGCUCCGGUGGCAACGAGACCAAUGGAGACAGUGAUGUAGGCGACAAGUGGGAACAAGCUUGGGGGCAUGGGCGCGCUUACAGGAGAACCCUCCUUCCAAAGGUCCUAGAUCAAGUGUCGUUAGUUGCUAGCACAUCAAUAGAG